AUGGCUUCAGCAGCCAGCACGGACGACAGUGGCCGCAGGAAGCCCCGCCUGGCGGCUUCAUUGCAGAUCAGCCCCGGGCCCAACGCCUGGCGUCCAUCAGCUAGCCCGGGUCAAGACCCCUGGGAGCCUGCGCCUGCCCCCAGCGUAGUGGACAAUGAGGGGGGCGGGCAGCCGCUGGUCUCGGCUGCUGCGGGAGACGGUGGGCCUCGGGCGGGAGCCGGAGUCGGGGUACUAGGGGCAGCUCAGGCACCGGAAGACUUGGGAGAACAGAUGGAAAUGUCCCCGAGGGUCUCUGUCCCGCCUGCAGGGCCUGCCGGGGACUUUCCGAAGGCAGCCAGACCCCUGGGCCUACAGCUCAAAGACCCGCCACCUGGCCAGGCCGUGGACUUGCUUGCGCAAUACGCGGCCAGUCAGGGCGUCUCCCUGAACUUCCGAGAGGACCAGACAGCAGAUCCCCGCUUCCCCUUUUCUGUGUGCGUGGAACUGGAUGGGGUGGCCUGCCCCACGGGCACUGCCAGCAGCAAGAAGGAAGCCAAACAGCAGGCGGCUCUCUCUGCCCUCAGCUACAUCCAGAGUCAGAUGGCGAGCCCAGAGCCCCCCAAAACCCCCAGCAAGCCUCCACCUAGCUCCGUGAGUAUAGAGAACAUUCUGACCCACGAGCAGCGCUGCGCAGCUGUGGUCAGCGCUGGCUUUGACCGCCUGGUGGACGAGACCUCACCGUACCGGGCCUGUAAGGGGACCGUGGCGGCCGUCAUCCUGGAGAGAGAGGUCCCAGGCGCCAGGGGUCACGCCAAGGAGAUCUACGAGCUGGUGGCACUGGGCACAGGCAGCAGCAGCUGUGCUGGCUGGCUGGAGUUCUCGGGCCGGCAGCUCCACGACUGCCAUGGUCUGGUCAUCGCUCGGCGGGCCCUGCUGAGAUUCUUGUUCCGGCAGCUCUUGCUGGUGACACAGGGAGGCCCCAAGGGCAGGGAGCGGUCUGUGCUGGCCCCCCAGCCGGGACCUGGGGCCCCGUUCACCCUUAAGCCCCGGAUCUUCCUACACAUCUACAUCAGCAACACCCCCAAGGGAGCUGCUCAUGAUAUCUACCUCCCACCAUCCCCAGAGAGCCGUCUCCUUCACAGCACCCCCUUCCGCCUGCAGGCCCAUAUCCAAGGGGAGCUGAAGCCCGUGUGCUACGUGGCACCCGCACUCCGGGACACCCACGUGGGCUGCCUUUCGGCCAGUGACAAGCUGGCACGCUGGGCUGUGCUGGGGCUGGGCAGUGCCCUGCUAGCCCACUUCUUGCCCCCGCUCUAUGCCACCAGCCUUGUCCUGGCUGACCCCUGCCACGACCCCCCGACUCUGAGCAAUGCCAUCCACACCCGGCCCAGCCUAGACAGUGUCUUGGGGUCACACCUGCCACCUCCCUACACCCGUACCACACUGCACCUGUUUUCAGGGCCCCCCGUGGGUCCCUGUGACCCCUCUCCCAACACCUGCCAUGACCUGAGCCUCAACUGGAGCCUGGGGGACCCUGAUGUCGAGGUUGUGGAUGUGACUACCGGGCGUGUGAAGGCCGAUGCUGCCCCUGGGCCUCCCUCCCGCCUCUGCAAGGCGGCCUUUCUCCGGGCCUUCCGCCAGGCCGCCCAAGCUCUCGGGAAGUCCCACCUCCUGGCCUUGAAGACCUAUGAGGAGGCCAAGGCUGGGACCUACCAGGAGGCACGCCAGCAGCUGUCUCUCCUCCUGGAACAGCAGGGCCUGGGGGCUUGGCCUUCAAAACCAUUGGUGGGCAAAUUCAGAAGCUGA